AUGAGCCCCCAACUGUACACUGACCAGCUGCCGAUUUUCAAGGCACCAGCUGUUUCGCCGCCUGCCCCACCCGUGGAAGGCGUGAUCGACGUGGAAAGCUUCCAGUCCCUGGCGUAUGACGUCAUGGCAAUGGAUGUGGACGAAGAUGACGAAGCUCCUCUCCUGGCUCAGCUGGGAGGCACGUCAAGUGGCAGCGCCAGCAGCUCGCAGGCACAUCGGUCGGCUCUGAUCCCGUUCAACGGCAUCGUGCCGAGCUUCGACGAGUUCAAGCGGCAAGCGCGCGCUCGGACCUAUUGCAGUUCCGAUCCUGCACAGCGCAUUCCGCGACUCCGAGACAAGCGCCCGGAGACCGGCGAUGAUGUCGAUGCGACGCUGGAGCAGCUACAGGAACUGGACGACCUCUUGCAGAGAUCUCAGUGGAGGUAA